AUAUAAAACUGAAUGAAAUAAGUUUUCACCGUAACUACACCUUUUUCUACACUCUCAGUCACGCAACUGAGGGUGUAUCAGCAUCAACAUCAUCAUUGUUCAUUCCAAGAGUUUGACAGCUAAUUGCACUUUCAUUAUGGACAGACCUAGCGGCAGGCUGCUAUCAACGAGCCGGAGUUGAAGCAUUUUUCUUCAAUCAACCGUGACGAGUAGAAUUUAAGACAAUCGGUAAUCACGCUACCAAGAUGACUAAUGCAAAACACGAUAUGUCUACGCUAGACGAUGAACUUCGAACUCAAGAUCGACACCCGAUGAUUAAGUUUAUAGAUUUGUACAAUAAACAGCACAAUGUAUCGGAAGUUCAGAUUCCGCUUCCCUACGGAAAACUAGCAGGGAAGUGGUUUGGACCGAAGAAUGUCAAACCCAUUCUCUGUAUUCAUGGCUGGUUGGACAAUUGUGGCACCUUCGAUCGGCUAAUUCCUCUGCUCCCGGAAGAUAUGAGUUUCUUGGCCAUCGAUCUACCGGGUCAUGGUUACUCCUCUCGACUACCGGACGGAAUGGCUUACCAUCAGAUGGAUUUCGUCAUCAUUUUGCUGCACAUUAUGAGGGAGUAUGGCUGGAAAACGAUUGGCAUAAUCGGUCAUUCCAUGGGAUCGAUCGUUUCGUUCAUUUUCUCUGCUUUGUUCCCCGAAAAGGUUGAGUUUCUUAUUGGAAUUGAUGCGCUCAAACCGCACAGUUAUUAUCCGAAAACAUUUAUGAUACACGCAUCCACUAUGGUCGCGAAGUUCAUCGAAGCGGACAUUAGGAAUCGUGAAAACUCGGAACCACCUGCGUAUACCUACGAGGAAAUGGUGGAAAAACUACACGAGGGCACAUUCCAGUCCGUAACCAGGGAUACUUGUCCCUACUUGCUGCAGCGCAAUAUAAAGACGUCAAAAAAGUUUCCAGGGAAGUAUUACUUCGAUCGUGACAACAAACUUAAGUAUACCAACAUCCCUGGCUGGUCAGAUGCCGUGAAUCAUGAGUUGGCCAAACAGGUAACCACACCCCAUUUGGUGAUUAAAGCAUUGGACUCGCCGUAUCCUGGCUCUCGGGAAGGUUUCAAUGGGAUGGUGACAGUAUUAAAGGAGCACAAUCCUCGGUUUCAACUAGAGUACGUAAAAGGAUCGCAUCAUAUCCACCUGACCGACCCGGAGAAGAUUACGCCGAUGAUAACAGAGUUUCUGCGAAAAAAUUGGGUUAAACAACCCGAUAGUGUCGUGAGUAAAUUGUAGGCUGUUCAAAAAAAAAGUUGUCAAUGACCUUGGUUUGGGAUUCAUUUUAACUGUGCUUAUCUCAGAAAACAAAAAAUUUUGAACGCGCGACCCAAGCAUAUCGUUUCUUUUGUGAGUCCUUAAUCAAGGUGACGAUUAAAAAAACAAGAAGUGGGUUAUAUCUAUGGUAUAACCGCAAGGGUGACGUAGGACUAUCGUUGAUUUAGAGAUCAUUUGUUUGAAGUUGAAUCUAAAUCCAUUCUGAAUGAAUGAAUAAAUGGAUAUUUGGGGGACUUCGAAAACGAGAGCGUUACGUUGGAAGCUCAAGGUUUUAUGCAUCCAAUAUUGGAUACAAAAAACCUUGUUCUGAAGAAUAAUCUUCAGAAGCCUUCCUGCUAACUGCACUUGAUUGAUAAAUCACAAAACCAAAUGUAUGUGGUCGCAGUAUUAUAUGGAUAUAAAACAUUAAAAUAAACUCGCAUGAAUGUAUUUUUCAAUUACCAGGGGAACUGGCAGAUUAUUUUUCAGCAACGAUUAGAUCUUUCCGGAAUUUUCUCGAUGCUGAAUAGCAUCCAAACGAAAAUACUCCUUUCAGUUUGGCCUGCAAAAAACUUUUCUGAACUCUAAUCCAUCAAAAUUGGAGCCCUGAAAAGGGCCGUUGAUUAUAUGCUAAGCUAAUAUAGCACACUCUCCUUUGAUUCGACGGGCCAGCUGAAUGUCUUUGGGCUUGUUGUGACGCGUUUUGCGUAUAUUGCACACAAAUUGGUAUCUUCGAAUAGGCCUCUUGCAGCGUCAUAACCGCGGAACUUUGGAAGCGCAAGUCGGUUUCGAAGUCCUGAGCAAUUCCACGAACCAAAUGCUGCAAAGGUAGCUUGCGGAUCAGCAAUUCGGUCGACUUCUGAUAGCGACGAAUUUCACGCAAAGUUCCCGGUCGGCCUUUGCUUUCGUUCAUUUCUUACUCUACUCUCGCACCGUGAGCACUCGUUUCAUCGGGACUAAGCAGACAGCUCGUUAAUCUUUCGGUGGUAAGGCACCACGAAAGCAGCUCGGAUAAGCGCACCAGCCGCAGGAAGCGCGAAUAAGCCACAUCGCUCAGGACUUCAAAACCGACUUGCGCUUCCAAAGUUCCGCGGUUAUGACACUGGAGGAGGCCUAUUCGAAGAUACCAAUUUGAGUGCUAUCCAUGCAAAACGCGUCACAUCAUGCCCAAGGCCAUCUAGCUGGCCCAUCGUAUCCGAGGAGAGCGUGCUAUGUUAGCUUAGCAUAUAAUCACCUGUCCUUUUCAGGGCUCCAAAUUUGAUGGUUUAGAGUUCAGAAAAGUUUUUACAGGCCGAGCUGAAAGGAGCAUUUAGCGAAAAUCGUGGUGUCGAUGAUAAUUCGAUACCGAUAGGUGCCAUGGAUAUGGAUUUCAUAAUGAAGAAUAUGAAAUAUAUGACAUGAUGUAGUGAAUAUAUCCCCAUAUCGAAGAAAUCUUUUUGAUGAAACUGCAUUAUAAAAUUAUUUGUGUACGAAUGCCGCAAUCGAUAGUGUUCUCUAAUUUGCGCUGGUUAAUUUCCUCGGAGGACUCGAUUCCUCCUUUGAGCAUCAAUAAUCUCUUUCUGGCAAAACGAAGUGGUAUGAAUCACAUUUUUCGAAAGAUGAAAUGAAGAUGUUUUCUGCCAAUUUCCUUCAACCUCCAAACAUCUCUUUCUCCCGUUUGUCGUUAUUGCGUUCGCUAAUCCUUUCUCACAACACCCAUUUCUCGUUUGAGAAAUUGUCGAGUAAACAUCGUUUGCCAGUGCGCGUAGAGCGGGAAUUCCUUAAGAUUCAUUGCACCUCUAAUAAAUUGCUGAAAGCCGUGGUCUUCCUUUGAUCGCACUUGAUUGAAAAAUCCAAAACGAAAUGUAUUUGGUCACAGCAUUAUAUGAGUAGGAAGCAAAUAAUCGCUAGAAAAUUACAUGAUUUUCGCGAUGUGAAACAUUAUCCGUUUUUCAUGUUAUGCAUCCAAUAUUGGAUACGAAACUUUUCUACUGAUGGGGAAAAAUAAUAUUGAGAAGCUUUCCUGUUAAUUGAGAUUGAUUGAAAAAUCACAAAACCAAAUGUAUUUGGUUGCAGUGUUGUAUGCAUAGAAAACAUUAAAAUAAACUCUUUCGCAUGAAUGUAUUUUUCAAUUCCCAGGGGAACUGGUAGAUUAUUUUUCAGCAACGAUUAUAACAACGAGGGUUCCGCGCCUGUAUGUGUGUGUGUGGCGGCUGCUCCGAUGUUUCAACCGGAACCGUGGCAUCACUCUCCUCCUGAUGGAUUCCCUUUUGGCCUUAGGUGCACAAACAGGCUCUUGGUGACACCGUUCAUCAGCGCUUUCAUGAUAAACGAAAUUAGAUUCACAACAACAGCGACAACAUGUUCCAAUCGCUGUUCAAUCCUAACUGAGUGGAUGUACGAGCGGCGCUCGCUUAUAUACCGAUAUGUGAUUUCAAUAGCCUGUUUUGAAAGCAAUUUUAAGACUAUUGAAACAAGUUUUUGGAUGAAAAAGUAACAAGUAUAUGACGCGUAGACAUUUUAUCUUUCGAAUGAAGUGUUUAUCAUACCAUUUCGUUCAGUUGUUUAGGAGCUAUUAACGCUCAAAAUCUCGGUCUCCGGCGUAACGCUUUCGUUUUCGAAACUUUGAUUUUACACCCCGGUAUAGAAAUGAAAGACGUAGUCCUACGUCAAAACCAAAAGCCAACAGUGAUUUGCUCGAAUGUUGUUACGACAAGCGAAAUUUGAUAUCGACAGAAUAAUAAUGUAUUAAAUAUACUAAGCUGAUCCUGGUCUUGAUCUUAUAAUUAUACGAGUUUUUGGUACGGUACCGAAAAUUUAGAUGUCAAAGAUACAUAACGCUCCGAUCAGUGAAUAGUCAAAAAUGACGAUAAAAUAAUUGAAAUUUUUCAAGUGCAACCCGCUAUUUCGAGUGUCCACACGAUUAAACACACAAAACCUCAUAGACAUAAUCUCCAUCGACAAUUUGCUGCUGAAUCGCUAUUUAUCCAUUAGCGGAUGGUUACUGGUAAUGAAAAGAGGACUCCUUGAAACAACGUCAGGCGAAGAUGGUCGUGGUCAAAAAUAUAUUUAAAAAAUGGAAAUACAUGUAUAGUUUUGAAACUUUAAGGUAUUAGUUAAUAAAAUCCCAGUGUUGCUCAUUUCCUAUCACAACACAGAGCUCAAGCAACAAAGCAAGAGCUCAAAUUAUCAAUUCGAACUGUAAUGUUUCUUUUGUUUGUUUCGAUGUGGUCUGAUAUGGCUUGGGAUGAUUUCUGUACUUAUGAUUUUCUUUGUCAGCCUUUUGGACCUGCUUCCGUACGACCAAAGUCUUAGCUUGGAUUUUUACUGUCAACAAUUGGACAGUCUGAUUAAAGUAAUCGUUCAAAAGCGAAUAGCAAUAAUCAAUAGUAAUAAUUGAUCGAUCUGGACACUUCGCAUAUUUUGCCUGCACUCGCAAGAAGCUCCGUGUGCUUAACAGGUUCUUAUAUAUCCACCUUAUUGUCCAGAUCUAGCACGAAGAUAGAUUUAGAUAAAAUCUGCACCAUGUUCGGCUCACUCUAACUGAGUGAGUCAUACGAUAAACUAAACAACCAGAACCAAGACAUGUGGAUGGCAACAUAAAAUUGUCCACCUCUAUCGUUUUGUUCAAAAAAAGUACAGGGGCUGUGUCCAGCGCACGACCUCAUCGUUGACUUUCUUGCUUGAAUGGCAUUAACGUUCUCGAAGGUACUAUUAUCGUCUGCACGUAGGUAUUAGCAUGUGUCAUCCAUUAAUACUUAGUUGAGAUUUCUUAUGCCAAAAAGCAUGCUUCGAAUGUAUUCUGAGGUAAGCUCUGGAAUACGCGUGACCACAAUGCAAGUCGGAUGAAGCUUCUUCAACGGAAAAUCUCCCGGCCAAAACGGAAAUCGAACUCGAACCCGACAUGAUUAUGUGUGACGCUAGCCAUUACUGGUAAUGAAAAGAGGACUCCUUGAAACAACGUCAGGCGAAGAUGGUCGUGGUCAAAAAUAUAUUUAAAAAAUGGAAAUACAUGUAUAGUUUUGAAACUUUAAGGUAUUAGUUAAUAAAAUCCCAGUGUUGCUCAUUUCCUAUCACAACACAGAGCUCAAGCAACAAAGCAAGAGCUCAAAUUAUCAAUUCGAACUGUAAUGUUUCUUUUGUUUCAUCGUUCAUCUAGAAUUAUAAAAUUAUUUUAUUCAAAUCGCUUGUUUAUCACUUCGGACAUUAUUUCAGAAUGUCUUGAAAUUUUGAAAUUAAUAGUGUUUUAACCAAGGCUCUGAAAAGUGCCGAUGGUUUGUGUAGUUUCGUAGAACCAGCAAAAGAUGAUUGAUUCAUAAUUCAUUCUCGCGCUCGCGAGAACAAAACGCGAGCAGGCCAUUUGUCGCCAAAGACUUCCUCGAGCAUCGUCCAAGCUACAACCGAUCAUGAGAAGUUAAGUAAUUGCAUUUUUUACUCUCUGGCACUUGAUCCACUCUGUCUGAGAAUAUCUUUGAAAUGUUUGAAUUUGUUUGUGUUUCAAUGUGAGUUACUUUUUCGUGUUUAUUGAAGGACAAAGGGAAGAAUCUUCUGAUGCGGAGAAAUCCAACAUUUCAUUUAAUUUUUUAGAUGUAGGACUACGUCUAACCGGAAGAUAUAGGGGGUGAAAUGGAAAUCUAGGCACUGAACAAGUAGGAAAAAAUGCAAGAUUUGAAACGCUUAUAACUUGAGCAUUUCUCAAUAGAUCGCAAAGGUUUUUGCAUCAAUUGAUAGGAAAUAUAUCUACGCAUCUAUCAUAACGAAUAAC